CCAAAACAAAUAACUCAGCUAAAACAAAUAAUUCAGUUAAAACAAAUAAUUCAAUUAAAACAAAUAAUUCAGCUAAAACAAAUAAUUCAAAUAACCCAGUUAAAACAAUCACCAUAUCAAGUUCUACGGUAAAAUCAAAAAGAGAACCACCACCACAUGCACCACAAAAAGAAAGAACAAAUUUUGGACAUAAAUUUCCACCUCAAACAGUUUAUACCUUUAAUUUAUAUUAUGCACAACUUCAUUUCAAUAGAUUAUUAUUUAUUGCUCAACAUAAUAAUCUUAAUGUGGAAGAACAAACAAUAAUUCGACAACAAUUUAAAAAGAUUGGAGCAGAUCUUACAGCUGUUCGUGGAUCAAUUUUAGGAGCAGUUAUUAAACAAUCUAUCAUUUAUAAACAUAUGGCACCUCUUAUUAUGGGACCAGUUUGUAUGAUUUCAUCUAACGUGAGUGAUGAAGAAAAUCCAAAAUUA